AUGUCAAAAGGCACGGGAGGAACUCGUACGAAAAGCGUACGUGAAGCAUAUGUUGAACAACUACCGUAUGGUCAAGGUUUAACAGGAUAUAUGAAUAGAAAACGAAAACCAUUUACACAUCUAAAUGCAGUCGACGACAAUGAUCUUGCCUAUCGAAGUACAUCCGAUUAUUUACGAGGCUAUUAUAAUCCGAAUCCACAAUCAGAACCGGAGAUGAUUUCUGAAAGACACAUACCACGUACAAAAACUGCAAGCGAAUUAGCAUUGAAAUCUACAAAUCGAUCAGCGAGCGGAAAUCCAAAAUAUAAAGCACAAGAAGAUUAUUAUGAAGAAAUACAGUUGUUGAAAAAAGACAUGAAAACAGUGAAAAAUGAGAAUAGUAUUCUUCGUGCUAAAAUUCGACGUUUAGAAGAAGAUAAUGUACGAAAACAAAAAGAAAUCGGAGCUUUCUAUGAAACGAACCAGGAUGGUGAUUUACGAGGAGCAUUAACAGGAUCAUCGACAGAUCGAAGUCAUAAUAGUAGUUCCAAUCCGAAUGUUGCUCUACGUUUAAAACAACGUAUAUUUAAAUUAGAAUUACAACUUAAAGAAAAAGAAUCAAAACUUGAGGAAAUACAAAGUGAUCAAAAAUGGACAAAGAGUAAAGAAUUAGAAAUACAAAAUCGUGCUCUUUUCAGUGAACUUGACCGACAACGAUUCGAAAAAUCACAUCAGCUGAGCCAAAAUGGUUAUUCAGCUACAAUAGAAGAAGAAAAAAAGCAAGCCAUACAAAAAUUAACUAAAGAAAGAGAUGGCCACAAAGAAGAAAAUGAAAGUUUAAGAAAAAGAGUUGCAGAAUUAGAACAGAUAAACCCAACAAGAACAACUCAUUCAUCGGAUGACAGUAGCCAUCCAGAAUUACUAAAAGCAAUGGAGAAUCUUAAACAAAAAUGUAAAAAUUAUGAAAAUGAAAUUGAACAAAUGAAUGAUAAUUUGCUUAAAAUGCGACGUGAACGUGAUGAGUAUCACAAAAGUUUUGAUCGAGUUACUGGUGAACUUGAAGAACUAAAACGACCCAAGUCUGCUGCUCGUUCAUCACCUUUAUUGAGCCGUAACAAUGAAGAACAAAUGCGAGAGAAUCUUAACUUGUCGAGACGGACUUCGAAAGAAAUUGGAAAUCGAACACCACGGUCAUCACCUAACGUCGGUGAUCGUCUAGAUUCACCCUUAUCUGUCACACCUAGAAAAAAUGCUUCAAGACCAACUACACCGACCCGAAAAUUAGCUGUACCGAUCGUCACUAGCAUUAAUGAUCCUUCUGUAAAAAGAUUUCGAGAGAAACGUGCAGCUACUGUGAUUCAACGAGGAUGGCGCAAGCAUGAUAAAUCACAAAAAGAUCAAGUGCGUGCAAAGCCAUCUGUAAGACCAUCGCCACAUUCAAGCUUUAAAGAAGAUAAUUCUGAUAAUGAGCGUAUCACGAGUCGACCAACAUCAGCUAGUAGUAGUACUGCUAAUGAACCUGCUUUAAGGGCCAUCCAAGCAGUAUUACGAGGCUACUUAAAUCGAACAGAAAUGGAUAAAACUCCAAAUAAAAUAUCUUCGCCAAAACCUAAACCACGAUCGUCAGUUUCCAGCAGAAAAUCAGAACGUACAGACAGUGAUGACAAUGAAAAUAUUCCUAUUUCAACACCAUCAAAACCGUUGCAAUUAUCAUAUGGAAAUGAAAUAAAACGAGAUCCUCCUAGCUAUGGGCUAAAAUUAAAUGCAAAACCAACUGUACCUAUACGUGAAAUUCAACCUAAAACACAAUCAUACAAAAAUAUUACAGAGCCAACGUCGAGAAUACGUCGAGAUCGUUCGCCUCCACCUAACAGUCAUCGUCCGUCGUCACCUGGCUUUAAAGCGAACUUGCCUAGCAAUCGAGAGAAAUCCAAUCUAAGCGGUUCAUCUUCAACAACAAUCGACCGAGAGCUACCUUCAAAACAACAACGACCAUCAUCGCCUUCCAUAAGUCGUAAACCUCUAUCACCCGCAAAUAGCGAUCGUUCGUCAUCUCGCCAUAAAUCACCAGAUACCAGUAUUACUAAAAAACCCACAGUGGUGGAUAGCGACGAAGAUGAUAUUGUCGCAACGUAG